AACAAUUUAACAACGAAUUCUCUGUGAAGAAAAGAGUUUUUCAAUUUAAUAGUGAAAUAGAUUAAGAAAAAUUAUCGAAAGUCAAAGGUCACAAUGUAGAGGAGGUUGCUUUCUGAUUAUGAAAGAAACAAACAGAAAACAUUUUCACUUAAACCUAAGCAUCGAGAAGCGACUUUUUGCUUUGCUUUUAUUUUCUUAAAUUUAAGGGUUAAAAAGAAGUAUAUUCUUUGGUAGUGUUAAGAAAAUGUUUGCUAAGGUUCAAUCGACGCUGAUAAAAAAAAUUGGACAGAGAAAUUUUGGAAAAGUUGGCAUCAUCGGAGUUCCUUUUGAAAAAGGCCAGAGUAAAAUAGGAGUGGCAAAAGGUCCGGAUGCAAUAAGAGCCGCUGGACUUAUUACAGAAUUACAAACAGUUGGAUUAGAUGUUCAUGAUUACGGAAAUGUCGCCUAUACACCAGAGGAACUUCCCCCUGUAGUAGACAAUAUGUCACAUUUAGGUGAAGUGGCAGCAUGUACACAUCGAGUGUCACAACUUGUUCAACAAGCUUUGAAAGAUCAAAGGCGUGUCAUUACAUUGGGUGGCGAUCACAGUGUGGGGAUUGGUACAAUAGAUGGACACGUAAAAGUACAUGAGGAUGUUGCUGUUUUGUGGGUCGAUGCACAUGCAGAUUUAAAUACAAAUAAGACCAGUGAAAGUGGAAAUGUUCAUGGAAUGCCAGUAGCUCUUCUCACAUCGGAAUUGUCAGAUUACUGGCCACAUUUACCUGGAAUGGAUUGGCAACAACCGAUGUUGUCAAUUAGAAAUUUUGCAUAUAUAGGACUUCGAUCUGUCGAUCGAUACGAAAGAUUGGUUAUUGAGAAAUUUGGAAUCACUGCCUUCGGAAUGGAAGAUGUCGAGACAUACGGAAUUCAUGAAAUUGUCCAUAUGGCUCUUAAAAAAAUUGAUCCUGACCAUGUUAAAUCGCUUCAUGUUAGUUUCGAUAUUGAUUCACUUGAUCCAUUAGAAGCUCCCAGCACAGGAACUCCAGUUCGCGGUGGAUUAUCAUUAAGAGAAGGAAUUCAUCUAAUGGAAGAAAUGUACAGAACACGUAGAUUAAAUGCAGUUGAUUUAGUGGAAGUAAAUCCCGAAAUUGGAGACGAACAUAAAGUAAAAUUAACUGUGGAUGCUGCAAUUCAAGUAAUUCAAGCAGGUGUUGGAUAUUCAAGACGUGGUUUAAAACUGCCUAAGGAAAUCACCGAUAUGCCCCUUCAAACAUUUAGAUAAUUCAAAUAAUAAAUAUAUAUUCAUUAAGAUAUUUGUAAUCUUAAACUAUAAUCAUUAUUAAUAAUAAUUUUUUUUAAAUUAUAUAUUCUCAAUUUUAAAAUUUUCGCGGUAUAAUUUUUUUUUUAUUUCAGAUUUAAAUAAUUUAUUAGGAAACCAAUCUUUCAUAUAUAUUUUAUCUACAUACUUACUUUUUUAUAAUUUUAAAUUAAAAAGUUUAUUAAUACUAAUAAUUAUUAAUAAAUUUUAUUACUAUAAUUCCUUCAAAUUUUGUUAAUUGUAUUAAAUAAAAAUUAAUAUUUAUACAUAUUAUUUUCAACAAAUUGUAAUUUUAAUAAACAAUAGUUGUUAAUGAAAUUAAAAAAAAUCAUUAAAUAUUUUCUAUAUAUUUCAGUCUGCAAAAAAAAAAAAAAAAAAAAAAAAAAAAAGAAUUGUACUACGCUUUCAUUUUACUUUCAAUUAAAAUAUUUUUGUAUUUCGUUUAUUUUUCACUACUAAUGACCUUUCACAAAGCUGUGAGUAAUUAAAACCUCAAAGUUAUCACAAAGCUGAGGUGUCAUAAUGCCUGAGCACUUGUUCAUUUCUUCAAAAUUAUUUAUAGAAAUGAAAAAAAAAUAGUGUAAUAGUUUAAAAAAAAUUGUAAAUAAAACUUAAUUAGAUUAAUAAAAUAUGGAUAAUUUGAGCAUAACGAACAAUUAUUCCCUGACGAACAGUUAUUUUCUUUCGUCAACAACAAAUACAUAUAAUGGAAUGUUAGAUGAAGACAUUAAUUUAAGUGAAAUUUUACAAGAAUAUCAGUCACUUUUAAGUCUUUCCAAUGACUUUGAGGAAAAGAAACGUCCUUCUAAUAUUGUUGCUGGAAGUCACCUCAAUAAUGACUAUUGUUAUGAAGAACAAGAUAUUAGUCAUAUAAGAAGUGAACAAACAAUUUCUAAAAUUGGAAAUAUUGGACAUGAUAAUUUACAUAUUUCGAGAAUGUCAUUUCAUCAUAUGGAAAAUCUUAAAAAUUCCAUUAUAUCAGAAAGAAUAGAUUUCACAAAUGUUUCCAAUUGUCCAUUAAACAAUGGCAAUGAUUUAAAAUCAUUAAAUAAUUAUUAUUAUUAUGAGAAUAUAGAAAAUGAAUCGUGUCCAACUUUGAUUAAUUUAAGUUAUGAAAAAUAUAUAUCAAAUGAAUCCGAGUACAAACAAAAUUAUCGUAUUACUCCAGAUAUUAUAAUAUCUGAAGUUUCUGAGAAUAGUUUUGUAGUGGAUGAUGAUGAUGAUAAUUGUAAUGAUAUUGAUGAAUUAUCAAAAGCAAAUUCAAUGAAUUUGCUCAGUGUUGAUAACACUUUAAAUUUUUUUACUCGUCGUAAAAAGGAACGUUAUUUUUUGUCACCCAAAAAAUUAAUUCAAAAAUAUAAACGCGAGGAAAAUACAAAAAUAAAGAAUUUAUCAUUAAAUGACGAUAGUCAUUGUGAAAAAUUUGAAACAGAUUUAGAUGAAAAAAAAGUUUUGAAGAAUAUUGAGAAACUGCCAAGUUUUUGUCUCGAAGACAUCACAAUUGAAUGGCCAUCGUAUGAAGAAAUCAAUCAAGAAGAUAAUGAAUUUUCAUUUAAAACAUCGACUCCAAGAGAUGAUGAAGUUUCUUUUUCUCAAUUAUUGAAUGAUAUAAGUCCAGUGAAGAAAGAAAAAGAAAAUAUAGAGUCUGCAUCUUAUUACAGAGUAAGUGGAAAACGUUAUUUUUCUCGCAAAGAAGGUUUAAAUUAUUUUAGUACUCCUAUUAAAUAACUUAUAAUAACACAUUGUAAAUGUUCUUUUAAAUUAUAUUUAUUUUAAUGUUGUAUAAUGACAUUUAUAUGUAUUUUAAUUUAAUUUUCAAAUAAACGUACUUUUUAAUCCGA